GGCUCUGCCCGGCUUACUCGGUUAAACUGCCGUAGUCUCCCCUUCCCUGAUAAUGUAUUGGCCUAGGCAGCGCUGCUCGGACCUUGAUUCCAUUCAGCGUGACAUUGACAAUAGAUCCUUCGCCAUCCUGAGGGUAGUCUCUGCACGUAACCUAUUAACACUACUCCAGUCGACUGCCGCAUCUUGUGGAAGAGGAGUGAUACUUCGAAGGGUAUAUAUUGUAUCCUGGGAGUUCGCCAAAGCAGCACUUGACAUCAACCUCCCGCAUUGCCCAACGUACGAUAUCUAGAACCGACUCGCCAUAAUGAAGACAACCAUCACGACGGCUGUUAUUUUCCUAGCGGUUGCUGCUCGGAGCAGCGUCGUCUUCGAUGUCUCGACCGAGCCUGGAGGGCAAGGCAUCCGGAUGUCUUGGGUUACGAAUCGCUGGGUGUGUCAUGACAUAACAGAAGAGGGACUGAACAAGAACAUCUCGUGGGCCUUCGUGGACGUCGGUCUUGCUAACGGAUGCACACUCUAUGAGGAGGCUGAUUGCAAAGGCGAGCAUGUCGAUAUCGAGAAGAACAAUUCAAAUAUUUUGGGUCCUGGAGCCGUCAAUCUUACAGAUGUGAGCUUCGACGACAAAGCCAGCUCUUGGUCUUGCUACUGAGGACUGUCCAAUGGGGGAUGGGGAUUGAAGACGGAGCACGGGGCUUUGCGACCGCCAUGCUGGAGCGACUCGCAUGUAGUGGGCAUGGUAUGGGAUAGGCGUUCUCUGCGCUAUUAUACUGCAACGUUUAGACGGAUCAUAUAAAUAGGGAGAAAGUACGUGGAGCCAUCGGUUGUGGCUUUUGAGAUCCCUGUGCGUCAUCAAUUCACCCAAGCAGCGCUAGCACGGUUGCAGCUUCCACAGCUCCAGCACACGUCACGGCUAGACCUCAUCACUCACAACGAACAAUGCCUCCGUAAAUUGUAGCCAUGGACGCGUUCGACGCGCCCUCCGCACAACUGCACCUC